AUGGGCGACGUGCACGAUGGUUCGCCAGGAUCUGGCCGGAAACCUCAUCCUUUUGACCCUCUUACCCCGGUAGAGAUCAGCUAUGCCGCCGAAAUCACCCGCAAGUCAAGCGAGAAUGAGCAAAUCUUCUUCAGGGCUAUCUCGCUUGCUGAGCCGCCUAAGAAUGAGAUGGUAGAAUUUCUCGAUGGCGAGCAUUCCGGCAGCCAGGAUCUCAGUUACCCUCCGAGGCGGGCGAGGGUUCAAGCUUAUAUCAACAAGACGUUGCAUGAGCUCAUCGUCAACUUGGACACCGCCUCGAUCUCGUCCAAGGCACCUCUUGAGGGUCGGCACUCCUACAUUGAUACGGAGUACAUGGCUCAAGUUGCCGCCGCUUGCCUUGCCGACUCCCGAAUCCAGCGAGAAAUUGAAACCCUGAAGCUGCCGGAGGGUGCCACUGUGGUAGUUGAACCAUGGGCAUAUGCGACUGAUGGCAUGAAAGACAUGCAGGAUCGAUGGACCAUGGUAAUCGUCAAGAUCUACCGGCUGCCGUCCGGGGAACACGACAAGAUUCAUGACGAGAAGCUGGAAUUCGACCGCCGCAAGAUUCAUUCCAACAGCGAGUACCAUCCCGAUCUUAUCCAGGAGCGAAGGACAACAACGAAGCCGUACCAUGUCUCUCAACCUGAGGGACCUUCUUUCGGCAUUGACGGGAACCACAUUUCGUGGGAGAAGUGGACCAUGAGAGUUGGCUUCAACUACCGUGAAGGCAUGACACUUCACGAUGUCCGCUUCGAAGGCCGAAGCCUAUUCUACCGCCUAUCUCUAGCGGAGAUGUUCGUCCCGUACGGUGAUCCCCGAUGCCCGUAUCCACGGAAGGCAGCGUUUGAUCUGGGCAACGACGGUGCGGGCAUCAAUGCCAAUAAUCUGAAACUCGGGUGUGACUGUCUCGGGCACAUCAAGUACUUCGACGGCUGGUUGAGCACAUCUUCCGGUGAACCUCUCAAGAUGCCCAACGUCAUUUGCUGCCAUGAAAUCGACGACGGUAUCUUGUGGAAGCAUACCAACUUCCGAACAGGCAACGCUGUUGUCACCAGGUCUCGCGUCCUCGUGUUGCAGACCAUUAUCACCGUCAGCAACUACGAGUACAUCUUCCUGUUCUACUUCCAGCAAGACGGUUCGAUAUUCUAUGAAGUCCGAGCCACGGGAAUCAUGUCAACAGCACCGAUCGAUAUCGAUACUAAGGUUCCUUGGGGCACGAUUGUUGCGCCUGGUGUCCUGGCCCCUUAUCAUCAGCACAUUUUCUGCUUGAGAAUUGAUCCCGCCAUAGAUGGUGUUCAGAACUCUCUGGUGGUAGAGGAGUCUCAUCCCAUCCCGUUCACUGGAGAAGGCGACGAGUACAAUCCUUUCGGAGUGGGCUACACCACCAAGUCUGAAUACGUUCAGAAUGAGGCCGGACUGGAUUUGGAUUUCAACACGAAUCGAACCUUCAAGAUUGUCAACGAGGGUGUCAUAAAUGCAACCACGGUUACACCCGUCGGCUUCAAGCUGCUGCCUCACUACAGCCAGCUCCUCUUGGCACAUCCGAACUCGUGGCAUGGCAAGCGCGCCGAGUACACUUCCCACGCUGUUUGGGUGACUCGUCAUCACGAUGACGAGCUAUUCCCUGCCGGCACAUUCACCAUGCAAUCCUCCGGCGGAGAGGGUAUCGCUUCUUGGAUCCAGCAGCGAGAGAAGGGAAGCAAGUCCUCCGUUCGCAACGAGGACAUUGUCGUAUGGCACACAUUCGGGUCAACGCAUAACCCGCGCAUCGAAGAUUGGCCCGUGAUGCCCUGUGAAAAGAUGGUUGUAGGGCUGAAGCCGGUUAACUUCUUCAAGGGCAACCCUGCACUGGAUGUCCCGAUUUCCACGCAAGAGAAGAACCGCAGUGUGUUGGUUCACGGAGGUCAAUAA